GAUAUAGUGCGGCGCGGGCGGCGCGGCCGCACUUGGCGAGCGGCGCUCGCGGCUGGGGCAGGCGGGUGGGAGGCGGCAAAGCGGGUUGCCCGGCACUCGGCCACCGCCAACUUGGGAAGUGUCCGCCCGGACGAGCUCCCACCAUGAGCCGCCUCCUGCCUCUCUGCCUGCUCGGAUUGCUCCUGGGCGGCGGGCAAGCUCUUCUUCAAGUGGCGAUUUCACUUAGCAAGGUAGAGCUUAGUGUGGGUGAAUCCAAAUUCUUCACAUGUACAGCUAUUGGUGAGCCUGACAGUAUAGAUUGGUACAAUCCACAAGGCGAGAAGAUUGUUUCUAGUCAACGAGUAGUUGUUCAAAAAGAAGGUGUUAGAUCACGGCUAACCAUUUACAAUGCAAAUGUAGAAGAUGCUGGGAUAUAUCGGUGCCAAGCAACAGAUGCAAAAGGACAGUCUCAAGAAGCCACUGUUGUUUUGGAAAUUUAUCAAAAGCUCACUUUCCGAGAUAUAACAUCCCCACAAGAAUUCAGACAAGGAGAGGAUGCAGAAGUUGUUUGCCGUGUCACUAGUUCACCUGCACCUGUUGUCAGCUGGUUGUAUCGAAAUGAGGAAGUCACAACUAUCGCUGACAAUCGAUUUGCUAUGUUAGCAAACAAUAAUCUCCAGAUUAUUAACAUCAAUAAAAGUGAUGAAGGAAUAUAUAGAUGUGAAGGAAGAGUGGAAGCUAGAGGAGAAAUCGACUUCCGGGAUAUCAUUGUCAUUGUGAAUGUUCCUCCAUCAAUUACUGUGCUACAGAAAUCCUUUAAUGCCACAGCAGAUCGGGGAGAGGCAAUUACUUUAUUCUGUAGAGCCACUGGCUCUCCUGAACCUGAAAUCAUCUGGUAUAGGAAUGGGAAACUUAUUGAAGAAAGUGAAAAAUAUAUAUUGAAAGGAAGCCAUACAGAAUUAACAAUCAAAGAUAUAAAAAAUAUUGAUGCAGGUCCUUAUGUGUGUGAAGCAAAAAACAAAGCUGGAAAUGAUAAAAAACAAACAUUCCUCCAAGUUUUUGUACAGCCUCAGAUAAUACAACUUAAAAAUGAAACCACAUUUGAGAACGGUCAAACAACACUCAUUUGUGAGGCAGAAGGAGAACCAAUUCCAGAAAUUACUUGGAAAAGAGCCAUCGAUGGAAUAACUUUCUCUGAAGGUGAUAAGAGCCCAGAUGGCCGUAUAGAAGUCAAAGGGCAGCAUGGAAAAUCGUCACUGCAUAUUAAAGAUGUGAAGUUGUCAGAUUCAGGGAGAUAUGACUGUGAAGCUGCAAGUAGAAUUGGUGGGCACCAAAAGAGCAUGUUCCUUGAUAUUGAAUAUGCUCCAACAUUUGUGUCAAAUCAGACCAUGUAUUAUUCUUGGGAAGGCAAUCCCAUCAAUAUAAGCUGUGAAGUGCUAGCUAAUCCUUCAGCUUCAAUUCAGUGGAGAAGAGGAAAGUUAGUUUUACCUGCAAAAAAUACUACUCAUUUAAAGACCUACAGUGCAGGAAGAAAGCUGAUAUUAGAGAUUGCUCCAACAUCUGACAAUGAUUUUGGACGAUAUAACUGUACAGCUACAAAUAGAAUAGGAACAAGGUAUCAGGAGUAUACGCUUGGUCAGGCUGAUGUGCCGUCCAGUCCCUACGGAGUGAAAAUUCUAGAGUUGUCACAGACUACUGCCAAGGUGUCUUUCAAUAAGCCAGACUCACAUGGAGGUGUCCCCAUUCAUCAUUACCAAGUGGAUGUAAAAGAAGUGACUUCAGAGACCUGGAAAAUAGUGCGCUCCCAUGGAGUUCAAACAAUGGUAGUUCUGAGCAAUCUGGAGCCAAAUACAACAUAUGAAAUCAAGGUUGCAGCUGUAAAUGGAAAAGGGCAAGGAGAAUAUAGUAAAAUCGAGAUCUUUCAGACCUUACCAGUCCGUGAGCCAAGCCCUCCAUCAAUUCAUGGACAGCCAGGCAGUGGAAAGAGCUUUAAACUUAGCAUAACUAAACAGGAUGAUGGAGGAGCUCCUAUUUUGGAAUACAUUGUGAAAUACAGAAGUAAAGACAAGGAAGACCAGUGGCUAGAAAAAAAAGUGCAGGGUAGUAGAGACCACAUCAUCUUAGAACAUCUUCAGUGGACCAUGGGUUAUGAAGUGCAAAUUACUGCUGCCAAUAGACUCGGUUAUUCUGAACCAACAUUGUAUGAGUUCAGCAUGCCACCAAAACCCAACAUUAUUACAGAUAGAUGCUGCGAAGGCACUAGAGGUGAAAAUGGAAGCCAAUCCUGGCAGCAGAACACUGCUGUUUUUUCUUUCAUUGUAACCAUAAGUCUCUUGUGCAUGUUUUGAUGUUGUUCUUGUGACAACCAGUAUGUUUUCUUCUUUUACCUGGGAAUUUUAUGAUUAAGGUAAAUACAGACCUGGAUAUAAAGUGGACUUUUCUGGAACUCUCUUGACAUAGUCAAUAAUAAUUGCUAUUAUAGAAAGGUACUUAUCAAUUAAUGCAUGGAAAAUUCUCACAAGUAGCAUUCUUCAGUAUGGAAACCCUAUAAGUUUUCAGAGGAAUACAAAUUGAUUAAGACUGGCCAUGUAACAUAAUGUAGAGAAACAUGAUUUAUUUUAUUCAGUUUUUCACUACUCUAUUUUGUGCAUAGACAUGUGUAUGUUAUUGUGGAUGCUAUUGGUUUCCUUGCUUGACUUUUAUCUGUCUUUCACGGGAACAUUUUUUUCUGUAUUAAUCCUCCUACACAUUAUGAUGUCUUUAUUAGACAUAUUUAUGUAUUGCUUCCCCUACUAAAUGAUUGAUUCAUCAGUCCUUUUACAAAAUGUUUAAAUGAAAAAUUGCAUUACACAAUGCAAAUUAAUCUAAUUUACUUUCUUUGUUCCUCUCUAUCAAUAUUCCUCUCUGCAUGUGAUAGGACCCUCACAGUAAUAUCCUAAGAGGUCCCUUGGGUCUACUUCUUGAAAAUGAAAAGCUACCAUUCUUAACCAUUAUUUCUAUAGCAUGGUGUUGGUCUUGAAAGACAAGUAAUGCAGGGUUAUUUAUCCUGUAUUUUAAAAAAAUGGAAAACUAGAUAUGAUUUGGCAUGCCUAAAAAGUAGACAUUAAUGCUACAAUCAACUACAUGUGGGCAGAGCUUUUAUUUUCCUUAUUGACACGCAUUCACUUUAGUUGGGAUGCACAUGGACAUAAUUGUACACUCACAUCGUAUUGGUAUUGCAGCAUCAGGGGCUAAGUGCAUGUAAUUCAUAAUCCUGUUACAACUGAACUAAUCUGGGAGAGAACUGAGGGAGAGCUAAGAUUUAGUUUAGGACAUUUUCCUCAAAGAAAAAAGUCCUGUGAAAUCCUGUGAUUUUAAAAUACUGUAUGUUCUCAUGACAGAACAUAGAGAUUGAGAAAAAUAACACAGUAUGUUGAAAUAUUUUCCUUUAUUUGUUUUUGUACUAUUCUUUUUUUAUAUAUAUAUAUAUUUUUUACAAAAACAAUUUCACGUUGUCAAAUUUCAAUAUUAUUACUGAAGAAAACCUUAGCAUCUUCAUCAGCAGUGUUUCCAUAUUGUUAAAAAACAUCAAUUUGUUCCUGAAGGUUUUCUACUUAUAAUUACCAUGAAUAGUCUUUUGUCAUAUGCUACCAAUGGCAAUGUAAAUUUAAAAAACUGACUGAUCUCACGUGCAAGAGGCUAUCUGUUCCUUUUUCCCAAAUUGCACAAGUUUAACUCCCAGUCCUUGCUGAAAUAGGAAGGAAAACAUGCAUAUCUUUUAAUUAAAAUAUCUACCACAACAAGGAAUAUUCAGGGCCAAUCUAGCAAGCUCCUCGCUUGAAAUAUUGAACCCUAUUUAAGUCAAAGAAAGACAAAAUGCCUACUGAAUUAAAUGGCCAUAGUUUUAUCCUUGGCACUUAUUUACUAUCAUAUAACAUCAGUUUUAUGCCAAUGCAAUUCAAUUAAUCUGAAUUUAGUUAUAGAAGCAUAACACUAGUAUGAUAGAAUGGAAACUUGCAUGUGCUUUUCAAGAUAAUUAGUCAUUGUAAUUAAACAUUUGGGGCCAAAUUCAGCAUGUCACUUAAGUGAGUAAAUAAUUUCAGCCCAUGAAAAUCCCAUUCCUAUAUAGCAAAGCACCCAACUAUGUACUUGAUUUCAAUUACACUAGUCAGCUUUUUAAAAUUUUAAACAUGUUUAAGUUUUGUGCUGUUCUAGAACCCAAGCCCAGAAGUGACUACAGGACCUAGACUUUAAAAAAGUAGUUGAGAUUUCUUAGAAAAUGUUCUGUGCAUGUGUGUAACAGUGUGGUUAGGAGUGCCACCUUGUUCUAAAACUCUGUCUGUUUUCAGUUGUUUAUAACUUUUGCCAAAUACUAAUAGUUCACACCAAAAUUUACAUACUGGCGUAUUGCCUUAGGCUGACGUUUUUAGGAAGGUUUCAACUAUUUGUCACCUUCUCUAAAAACAAGAUUCAAACAAAAUACAUAAUUUUGUCUAUGAUUAAAAGAUAUAUCCAUACAAACUGUCCAGAAUAUUCUAGCAUUUCCAUGUUUCCAAGCAGGUACUUGAAAUUUGGCCUAUGGGUUGCUUUUGUGUUAUAAAUGUGCCUUUAAGUUUUUUAAAUGAAAAAUUGCCCAAUUUGAAAAUCACUGUUUUUACAUAUAGGCUCAGUAGAUACUUAGGCUUCUUACAGAUGCGGUGGGAAAAAAACAAAAAAAAACAAUGCUUUACUUUCAGUUCGGUGAGCCCCCGUGCUGAACACAGCACAUGCCAGGAAGAGGCAUCUCAUCAGUUUGACCCGGCUCCCCCAAUGUCUCUAUAGAUCGUGAGCUUCAGCGGGGAUUUUUAAUGCUUUUAUCUAAUAGCUGAUUCAAUCAGCUAUUAAAUAAAAGUGCUAAAAAAACCAUCUGAAGCACGUAAUCUAUACAGAUGCUGUGGAAUUGGUUCAAACUAAUGCACUUUCUCUUCAGAUAAAGCUCUGUUUGUUUUGUUUUUUUUUCACGUCUGUCAGCGGCCUUAUUGAAUUUGUUACUUAAAUUUAAUCUGUUCUGACCUUCCUCCAACUCAGGAUACAUGAGAGCUGACCAGGACUUGCCCUGAAGAGGUCUCUUCUGGCUGCCAGUGUGCCAUACAGAAACCUCUUUCAUGCUCUUAUUCCUUUCUCUGUCAGGGCCUAGCCAAUGUACAGGGGAAAACAAAAUGACUGGCACGCAAAGGGGGCAAAAAAUGGACAAGACCAGAUGGUCCUGUUCAACAAGGAGUUGUUCCUUAGUGCUGGUGGAGGAGGAGGGUACUUGGAUGGAAAAGAGGGAGAGGCUAAGGGACUGGGAGAUGCUGAGCAUGGAGACUUAGAAUAGUAGAUGGAAGGUAACAGGUGGUCCAGGGGACUUGAAGCCCUUUUUUGGGGCUUCUGAAGACUCAGAUUUCAUGAAGGUUCCAGGUAAAGAGGAGAUUAGGUCUGGCUCUAUGAGGAAAUAUGAAGCAAAGUGCCUUCAGUGAGACAAGAUCAGGAAGUCUGUUUGAAGGAGUUUGAGUCUGAGAAUUAGGAGUAGAAUGGUCAGACUUGGUUGGAAACAAGGGUAGAAUAGCAGAAAAAAAUCUGUGAGGCCUGAAAUUCAGCCAUACUCUGACAUCAUCAAGCAGUUGUGAAACAGACUGACAAAAUAUAUUUUAUUCCCCUUAAUAAUUAGUCUAUACAGAAGGAAAAUCUGUUUUAAUCUGCCAAACGGAAAUGAUCUCUUAUGUAACUGGGGUGCUGGAGAACUGUUAAAUAGCAUUUCUAGAGCAUUCAGAUGACAGUGAUGAGCACCACAUACAAGUCCAUGAAGAAAUUAAUACUUCUGUUUUUUAUGGCAGACUUUGAAUAAUGUGCAAUAAGUAAGGUUUGGGGCCACACACUAAAUGACAAGCAAACACCAAAUAGCUGCUUAUUCAUUAAGCAUUAUCCACCCUGUUUAUGGAUGUGGCAAGGGUCCCAUGGAAAAAUAAUAUGGAAUCGUGGAAUUAAAGGUUGGAUAAUAAUAAAUGAGGAAUCUGAAUUAACUUUUCACAGACAACCUUAGUUUUGAUAUGUUUUUAGCUUUGCUUUCCUUGUCUUGCAAACUUAACAUUAUUUAAUACAGCAUUUGGGGCAUAAAAUAUCGUAAGUUUUCUUUGUUUUUCCCUUUAUAAAAUGAUACAAACACUAUCUAAAAUUACGUGUAUAGAAGUUUCUAAAGAGUUAGCCUACUGCUGCUCCUCAUUUGCUGUACUUUUGUGUUGGUGACAUUUUUUAUCAUAGCAAAUGCUUCUGAUAUUGCAGACAGACAGCUAGAAAAUUAGGUGUAGUCUGGUGAUCUCUGAGCUACUUAGACUCACUACAGAAACAGUGAAAACUGUAAUAGAACCUAAAUUUGUGGCUUAAGAGACAAUUUCAUUAGUGUCCCUUUUCUAUCCCUAAGGUAACACAUUGUUAUAUACCCUUGGGGAAUGAGGUAAUGGAUCAGCUUUCUGUAAUUUUAACUUCUUCCCUUGGUAUUGGAACCAGCUGGAGACUAGAUCAGUCCUUUGGUUAAGUUAGUGAAAUCUCAUAUUUAUUCUAAGUUGCAUCUACUUGCUGAAUACUAAGUGUAACAUCAGGCAACCAACUCCUUUUCUUAGCCCAUAUCCUCUACAGCAGGAGCUAAGUGUGAGUUAAGCCUUAGCUCCAUGCCGCUUCAUCUGGAACAGGGAUCUGACCCAUUAAAAUGAAGUGGUCUUUAAACCAUUGAACAUAAAAGAACAAUUAGGACCCAAUAAGCACAUCUACAUGUUCGUUAAUGCACUGUAGUUACUGUGCAUUAAGUUUAGUACUUGGUUAACUAAGUACUAAAUCAUGCACAGGAACUUGUGCUACUGUGCAGUAGUGUCGGUGCAUAGGUUUUUAGUGAUGCUUACUAUACAGUAGCCUAAUACUACAGUUUAGUAACAUAUUAAUAUGGUUUUUGCCCGCAUAGUUAGUGUCUCAUGUAGUCACACCCAGUUUCUCCUUGGGCUGUCUUUCAGACUGUCACACAUUUCCAGACAUUAGUACCUAAUAUAUAGUUGUAGUCAUUGAUCAUUAAAGUAUUAGGAAGAGAGCAUUCUUAUACAGUUUGUAUUAAUAUUAUGCUUUCUCACAGGAAGGAGCAUGGAAGAAGGAGAGGAUUCAAUGUAAAUCAAAUUAUAGUUGGUAGAGCUACACUUAACAGCUUUCACUCUGCAGCUUAUGCCAUAUUAAAGUGAUAAAUAUAUCUUCACAAACUUAAUUUAGUACUCUGCCGUCAGCAGGGCUUAAAUGUUAAAUAAGCGAUUGUGUUCUUUAAAUAAUGUAAUUAUAAAAAAAGAUUCUUAGCUUUUAUGAUUGGCAAUAUAAUGUGUUCCCAUUUUUGCAGUAUUUUCAUGGUUUUUUUAAAUGCUUCUGUUCAUCCUCUUAUACUUUUACGGUCCCCAAAAUAUACUGCAACCGAACUUGAGCCUUGAAUUCUGGUUGCUGGUGCAGAAAACUUUUAAAAAUACAUAAAGUGUCCAUAUCAUGAUAUGAAUCAAAACAGCAAUAUUUUUAAUAUAUUUUUUCAUUCCAUUUUUUUUUAAGUCUUCCUCAAAAAGGUUAUCGUUCUUGCUACCUGAAUUAAGAACAAGUUCCAAGAAUGAACAAAUUGUUUAUCAGUGCUUUGCACAAUAAAAAUACAAGUCAAAAUGCCAUUCUUUAUUUUUAAUGCUUGGAAUAUAAAUCACUAUGUUAGAAGAAGAUAAGCAUUUAUAAAUUACUACAUUAUAAUAACCAAAUAAAUUUCAUAUAUGUCCAUUUGUCUUUUAUAUUUGUAUUUGUGUUGAUGUUUAUACAAUAGACAUACCAAAAAUUCCAUGUGUAGCUAAAUAAAAACAAACUAAAGUUUCAUUUCAGAGUUGUGAUAUAAUUAGGGAGCCGAACACACUGAAGUAAGAAACAAAAUGCAGCUGUUUUCAUAUGUUUAACAGCAGUAUGACCUUUACAGCAUUUUAACUAAAGGAAUAAUAGUAUGCAAAUAAUCAAUUUUAGGGUGUGAUUAUUUCUGGAACUAGCUCAGAUUCAUGAUCCUGUCACCAACUUCUUCCAUUCAACAGCCCAUAAAAAAGACAUUUGACUGUACAAUUAAAACUAGCUAACAGAAGAUCUAACAAUCUUAAUAAGCAAGAACAGGACACCACAAGGUAAAUAUCCAUAUACAUUAGAUGUCCCUGAUCCUCUGUUCAUGAUCUAGAUUGGCUGAAAUUAUCCAUAUUCCAUUCUUGCAUUUUUUUAGUCCUCUGAGUGGUUGGAGCCCCAUUUGGUUCUUGGAAUCCACUUGAAAUAGGUUACCAGAAGAUAAUAACCUACAGCACUUCUCAUGACAGUUGUUUAUUGCUUUGUUGCUAUUUGCUGUGCUUACCAUGAUGUCCUUACAAUCCAGAAGCUGGUGUUAGGCACCUACUCUUCCAGUACAUUGCAUUGAGUGUGGGGAACACAACAGAUAUUUAUUUCUUAACCAAAUGUGAAAUACUUAUGCUAACACUGUCUUUUCCAAACUGCCCCCUUUGGGAUUUAGAUGUUUUACUUAGGGCUUUGGGAAAACGUCACUUUCCGCUAAAAAUUCACAGACCUGGACCAUUUUCUGAAGUUAGUCUCCUAUGACCUUGCUUUCAAAACAUAGAGUCCUUGCUCCAGUGGCUCUUUGUAUACUUUAUCCAAUGAGUCUUUAAUGAAAAAUACAUCAGUGGACCUGGGAGUAGGGAUUGGAAACUAAGUCUUCCCCUUCCAGGUGAGUGACACUUGACUGUAAGGUUAUAGAGUUAUGCUCCUUCAUACUCUUUUGCUCUGACCCAAUAAACCUUGAAAUAUUCCAUGCAACAAGACAGAUUCAGACCAUCAUUGUUAUCAUGCAUACUAGCCGUUUAGAUGGUUUAACAUCUAGUUUUUUACUUUAAGCCAAGUGAGAUGCAUUCUGUUUUGUUUUACCAGCCCAGUUCCUAUGCUUUCUUUCUCUAAAAGCCACUUUCUGUACUCAACAUUUACUCUACAAAGGGUACAUCUACAUGUGUGCUUUACUGUGGAGUUGACUAAUUAGCUCCACAGUAAAGUGUUACUGUCUACAUAUGUGGUGUUAUUGGGCUGCAGUAAACUAAGUACCUCCACUGUAGGAUAGUACUGCCCGACAUAAGUACUAUCCUAUGGCAGAGUUGUUUGGUGCACCUCAGCACUAGGGGUGUGCAAAGCAGGCUCUAUUUGAUCCGGAUUUGGAUUUGGCUUAAAUCGGGGACAGUGAUUCAAUUCAUUGAUUCAGAUCACUGUCCCUAAUUUGAUUUAGCUGAAUCCGAAUCUGAAAAUUUGAUGCUGAUUCAGAGAAUCAGCAAUUCAGCCAUAGACACAGCUUUAAAUGUUUUUUCUACAUACCUCAAGGUACCAGCGUGGCUUGUUAAUGCUGUAAUGCUGGGGCAGAUGGAGCAUCCCAUAGGAGUAGGCGGGGUGGGGGGGGGGCUUCAUGGGCUCAGCAGUGAACCCGAAAGUGAUUCCAGUCCACUUCUGGGUCCACCAGGGAGCACACGGGGGGGGGAGGGGAGGGGGGCACAGCCCCCAGGCUCGGUGAUAGACCAUGGGGGGACCCUGGGUGCCCACCCAGACCCAGGAGGCACCAGUCGCCAAGCCAGGGAGGCGUGGGGGGAGGGCACUGCACACUCCACAGUCGACAUGGAAGUGGACCAGAAGUGCUUCUGGUCCACUUCUGGGUCUGCUGCUGAGCAUGCUGGGAAGCCCCCCGCACUUCUGUUGGACACUCCAUGCGCCCCACCAUUGCAGGAUUCACGAGCCACCUGCUACGUAGAGGUACGUAAAGAAAACAUUUAAAGCUGUGUCUAUGUCCAAAUCUUUCUGAAUCUCUCCAAAUUGAUUUGAAGGAUUCUUAUUCAAUUCAGAGAGAUUAAAGGGCCCUCUGAUUCAAUUUGGAUUCAGAGAUUCAGCCACCAAAUUGGGCCAAAUCUCCACUGAAUUGAAUCAGGGACUGAAGCUUUGCACAGCCCUACUCAACACGUGUAGACUGUGGCUGAGGCUAGGUGGGGCACGAGGGUGCUACAGUGUGCAGCUGCCCCCUAGCUAGCCCUGCACUGUAGCACCUUUGUGCCCAGGCAGCCCCUUUGCAGCGCAUUGAGCUGGGGUAGAGCAGCUCUGGGCUGGCAUGCUGAUCCCCCAGGCUCCCUGCCAGGCAGGGCUGCUCUGACUUGGCUCAACAUGCUGUGGUCCUGGGCACAUGUGUAAAUGCUGCAUCUGGAAGCAAUAAACUCUGGUGUGAAUUAUGUCAGAGUUUAUUCAGCUGCACUAAUUGCAUGUGUAGAUGCACCCUGAGAGCUGUAGUGAGAUACUGAGAUCAUCUUAUGAGAUGGUAGCCUGCACCAUGGUCAACUAUUAAGAUUGUGAUCCCAAAUAGCAUGAAAUGAAACCAAUCAUGCCUUCAGCUCCUAAUAAAUAUCUAAGAAGUUAGGAUAAUGUGACCUCUAAUUACCUGGCUCUCACACAUGAAAAUACAUAAUGCUACCUAUCCAAAUAUUCACUAGAUGUAUAUUCUAUUUUUAAAAUACUAGUGAUGAAAGCAUAUGUCAGAAAAUGAUGGUCCUUGGAAGCCAAAAUUUCAGCUUUGGAAAAUCUGCAUAUUUUCCAGGAUUUAUCUCUUUAUAAACGAUAGCUCUGAAGACAUAUAUCAUUAAGGUAUAGUUGUUUCAUAAUUUUUGUAGGCUCACACAGUUCAUUGAUAUGGAAUACCUCCUGUGUAUGAGAUCUGUGCAGUGGCCUAUUUCACCUUUUUGGAAGUCACUGUACUGGUCUGAGGGCAAUUAUUCCUCCAGAGAAAUGUUCCUUUCUUUAACACUGUAGUCUCUUAAUAAUUGGUUUUCCAUUUCUAUUAAGUAGUUAAAAUAUUUAUGACUUCCAAUCUUACCCAUCUGUGACAAUUAGAAGAAAAUCUAAUCUCAUAGAAGAGACUAUACUGUGAUGUAGAUGCCUCUCUAUAGUGUCGUAUAGAAAAAUAUUACACAUAUUUAAUGAAAUACAGACUAAUAAUGAUAUAUUAAAUUAAAUAUAACUGUUAAUCAUUAAAGGCUAAACACAUACUGUUCUGAAUUAAUCUGGAUUAAGUAGAUAGGAGUUUAACAUAUGAUAGGAUAUAUUUUAUAUAAAUCAGCAAACAAAAAUGUGUAAGGUUUAGAGUUCACCUUUGAGGGUACUAAUUUACUAUUCACAUAUUAUAUAUAGUACUUGAAUUCAUUAGGUAAUUUAAUGUUUGAGAAGUUAACACAUGAAUAGCAUGCAUUUUAUAAUUCUAUGUAGUAAACAUAAAUAGAUUAUGAACUAGCAUCUGUCAUGAAAUAUUUUCUAAAAACAUCUAACCCAAUUAUUAAAAAGUGUGUGUGUCAGAGGAGCAAGAGCAUCAGGCUCCAAUUUGCAAAUACUAACACCUGAGUUUAACUUUCAGCAUCUGAGUCAUCUCAUGAAAGUCAAUGAAACUACUUAUGUACUUAUAUUUAAGCAUUUGUGUGUUUGUAGGGAUCUGAGUAAUUAAGUAUAAUUAUUUUUAAGUCACUGAGUUUAAACCAUGUUGCUACUAUCACUCAGUUUUUGCACUUUUAUUUUAUAUAAUCCUGAAAAAUUAUAGCAGACAUUCUUGCCAUUAUAGACGCACCAUAUUUUAUUAUAUUAACUUUAAUAGUAUUUAAUAUUUAUUUUAGAAAUCUAAAACUUUUCUCCAUGGAAAAACAACUAUUUUCAGACAGCAUAUUAUUCCAUAUAUAUUUUUAUUUGGCUACACAUUCAUUGAUGUGUAGCACAAGCAAAGCAAAUCUGAUCCAUUGUAUAUUUCCAGCACUAUUAAAAUGUCACAUACACUAUGUCCUCAGUCUGCUUCUGUGUAAAAUACUGUAAGGACUAUCAUUUCUGUAAAAUUUCAUUAAAAAAAAAAGAUAACAGCAAAAAAUUUCUGGGUUUCAAAUAAUAGUAAUAUUUUGUGAAACAUUAACUUUUAAUUUCUUUUCUCCAUCCCAUUUGUGUUUCACUGACAUUCUGUCCCUUUGGCUUUUCUUAUGCAUGCAGUACUACUGCCAUCUCUCAGUUCUUUCCCUGAAAAAUGUGUGCCUAGUGCAAAUGUAAUGACCCUCAACAUCUUUCCAAACGUACUGUCAAGAAAUGUAUGUAAUGUUAUGCAUGUUUUUCAUUUGUUGUUCAAAGUCCUUUUUAUUUCAUGCAGCCUUUGUCUUCAUUUUUGUAAUAAAGAAAACUGACUUAAA